AUGGAAGAGAUUGUUAAAGAAUAGUAGAACUAGCUAAACUAGGUUGAAGAAAUAAACUCUGGUUAGAAAAUAGUUGAAAAUGCUGAUUAAGAUAAGCAUCAAAGCGAUGAUGAAGAGGAUAGCAGCAAAUAAGAGGUUUCAGAAAAGGAUAAAUUGGUCAAUCAAAAGCUAGAAGACUUUUACAAUGAUUAUUAUCUAACUGACUUUUAGAAGUUCGCAGUUGCCAAAUUUUUAAGAGAAAAUGUUGCUGUAGGAAAGCCAUCAGUUGCUAGAAUUAGAGAAUGGCUCAUGAAUAAAUUAAAUGGAGUAAAUAAACCAGCUGACUGCCCAGCAUAAUAAAGAGGAUGCCCUGAAGUAAUACCUGGGCUCAGAGCCUAUCCUUUCUGGGAUUCUUAGAACUUGCCUUGGAUAUAAAAAAUUUAAGACAAUUACGAAGUUAUCAAGUAGGAAUUACUUUCUUUGAGAAAUCAAAAAGGAUUCUAACCUUACAGAGGACCAUCUUGGACUUCAGAUAUAAAAGCAAAAGAUGGAGUAGGAAGAAAAUCAAAUGAUUCUGGAGAUUGGAAUGUCUUUUAUCUAUUUUUACACAAUAUUAAAUUUGAAGAAAAUUGUAAAAAAGUACCAAAAACUAUAGAAAUAAUUGAAAAUAUAUUCCCUAGACAUUAUCAUCACGCAUUCUUUUCAGCAGUCACACCAGGCACUCAUAUUAUGAAGCACCAUGGACCUACUAAUAAAAAGCUUAGAUUCCAUAUGCCCAUCCUUGGUGUUAAAAACAGUAGACUCAGAGCUGGAGACAUAACAUUAAAUUAAGAAGAAGGAAAAUGCUAUGUCUUUGAUGAUUCUUUUGAGCAUGAAGCUUGGCAUGAUGGUGAUGAAACCAGAAUAGUUUUAAUAGUUGAUAUAUGGCAUCCUGACUUAUCCUCAGAAGAAGUUAAAUUCUUAAGUUUAUUGUAGAAUGCCAAAAUGAGAGCUGAAAAAAUAAUCAGUGAAUAAGAUGCUGCAAAGGAUAACUUUUAUAAAAUUAUUGAAAUGAGCAAAGAUUUGUUAAAUUCAAACGACUGGUGGACAGACAAUAAUAAAGAAACUCUUUAAUAAUUUGAAUCAUAAAAAUUAGAUGAAAAAAAUACAAUAUCAAGUUGA